AUGAGCUGGUCCAAGAUGUUCGUGGACAACCGAUCUGGCACACGGCUUCUUUUACAGAAACUGGCUGCCAGUCCCUUGGUCAGACGUAACCUCCCGAACGCAGCCGCUACCUGCUCGCAGUACUUUGCCUUCCGCAGGAAUCACAACGAGUCUAUCGGGAACUUCCUGGUUCGGGAGACGCUGGUGCACGAGGAGUUCGUCGAAGCGAUCUUGAGACUGUGGGAAGAUCGUCAAGGAAUCUCGCAGGAGCAGCGAGACUUUGGUCUUCCUGCUGACGAGGAAGACUGGACUGAUGACGAUUGGCGCAGCUGGCCCUGGUGGUCGUGGGGUGACGACGAUCACCAUGAUGACGACGACCAUGAAGGACCAGGCCCUGAUCUUUCUCCCGGAGCUGCGGCUGAUCUUCCCCCAGGCGACGCUCCUCCUGCUGAUGAUGGACCAGCUCCUGCUGAACCUGCACGAGGUGCGACUGGUUCCUCUCCGAGUCAUCGAGCUGAGGCGUCAGGACUUCUUGGAGAUACGUCGGCGAUCCCUCGAGAGGCUAAGGAACCACAGGUCCUCGAUGAGUUGACGCUUGCGGAUAGCUUCAUCAUGAAUUUUCUUCGAGGCUGGCGGCUCCUACAGGCUGCCGGGUUGUCACCCGAUGAGAUGCGGGACAUCCUGUCCACUACCAAGAAUAGCCUGGACUUCGAGAUGAUAUCUGCUGCUUUACAGAAUCUGUGGGACGAUCAACUGUUGAGCAGCCGAAACCGAGGGAAGUCCGGCUACACGGCCUAUACGGCGAACUACGUGCAGGAGCCGAUGGAGUCCGACCUCUACUACCAGGACUCGUGGGAAGGUGAUGGUGAUCAUUGGUGGGACGAGGGCUAUGGACACGCCUACUACGCGGAUUACGAUCACUACGCGAACCACGCCGGCUACGAGGACGGCUGGUGGGCUGAGGAUUGGACUGCCGAAGAUCCUGGAGCAGUGCAUGCAGCCACUACACAGGAAGCGGAUGAUGACAAAAUCCGCGAAGCUCAGCAAGCCGAAAAGAUGGCUGAGUCCUUGGCCUUGGAGGCCCAGCGCACAUGGUCGGAAGCGCAGCGAGCGACCCAACAGCUGCGUAAGGACCGUGGUUUUGGCGCCAAUCCUGUUGGCGGCCCUGCCAGGUGCUACAACUGUGGAGGACCUCAUCUUCUACGAGACUGCCCUCGCCGUGGAGGUUCCUUUCAGAAAGGGCCCGGGAAACCCAAGGGCAAGUUCGGAUAUGCUGCGGACCUCGAGGCCUACUACAUGAAGGGUAAAGGCAAGAGCAAAGGCAAGCACAAGGGCAAGAAGGGGAUGUACAUGGAUGCUGAUGCCAUGUGGAAAGGCAAAGGCAAGGGACCAGACUGGUCCCAGCGAUCGGUGAAUGCCUACAACGCCGAUCUCUUUGGCAUGGAGCUCUCCUCUGUGAUGGACCUGGCGACCUCGACUACAGCUGAUGUUCAGCGACCUGAGCGUGGCAUGGUAGACUGUGGUGCAACAGCCUCAGCCGCGCCAGAGGCUGUGGUGAAGGGGCUGAUAGCCUCGAUUCUCGAGAAGGACAGCGGAGCACGUGUGGACAUCGAUCAGAGUGCUCGGCCAUACUUUCGCUUUGGUGACGGUCGCUGGGGCAGGGCUUUGUAUCGGGUUCGUCUUUGCAGCCAUGUUUCGGGAAAGUCUAGAUCCUUCUCGCUCUACGCCUUGCCAAACCCCAAGGAGUACUAUCAGCUUGAUUUCGACAAAACCAACCUAGUUCCAAUCUUGAUUGGCAUGGACUUUCUUGGCAAGGAUGGUUGUGGGAUGCUAAUAGACUUCACAACUGGGUUGGCUAUGUGUUCUCAUGCCAACCUCCGGAAGCUGUUCAGCUAUCACAAAAUCGCAAGGGCCCAUGCGCAUGUGGUUGUGUCCUCAAGUGAAUGCGGUGCUGCCAGUUCAGAGAUGCACGUAAGUCACGAGAGAAGCUUUGGCAUCUUUAUCAGUUGUCCAGACAACAUCGUGGCCUACCUGCUGCAGCCAGCUCUUGCUCAAUGCUCGCGACUUCGCAGUCGCUCGAGAACCCCUCAACUUCCUCCUCGCGGACUUCUGAUCAUGGCGGCUUCGGCGCCCUCGCACAUCGACAAGGAGACGGAAGCCAUCCUGGUGGCGUCCGCCAAGGCCAAGACGGCCAAGAAACGAGCCAACUCGCUCGACCCAUCGCGGCGAAUGAAGGCAGACCCUCGGGAUUCAAGGGUGUCGGUCCGGAGCUGGCCGUGCUACGGUCAACACCAUCCUGGCCCUCCCGGGGCCAAUGCUCACGGCCAGUGGAUUCACUGUCAGGUUUGCGACCUGAGGCUCCUGUACACUGUACACUCCUCGAAAAGGGUCACCUUCGAACACGACGGUGGUGCACAAUCCACAGAUGGUCAAGAGAAUGCUUACCGAGCUGGAGGCGAUGUUGGGAACAACGAAACCAACAGCAAAGGUGUGCCACCACAUGUUUGCCAAGAUCACGGCCGAGGAGGUGCUCAACAAGGCGGUCCGCGAGCUGAUCACUACACCGGGAACAACCUCGGCUACGACGCGGAGGCCUACGACGCAGCGCGGAUACGCCACGAAUGUGAUGGACAACGACGAGGAGGAGCUGAUUGUCGACUACGAGAUCCCAGUUGUGGAAGACCCGUGAAGUCCAAAGACUCCGACUAUAAGGUCAAGCCGCUUGGGCAGCAUGUCGCCAAGAAGGUGAUGGUUCUGGCGAGUUUGAUGACGUCAGCGGUGACUUCUACACUUCUUGGUCUACGCCUUGAUGGUCGAGAUGGACUGUGGGAGAUCGCCAGUGCCCCGCACAGUUGGAUCACUGAAGCCAGCGAGCAGCAGGGCAUCCCCGCGAAGGCCAUCAACUACCAGAACGGCUACGACCUCUACAAGGAGGAGACCUGGCAUCGACUUGGUGCUCUUCGAAGACUUCAUCAACCUCGGAAGCUGUGGUUUUCCCUGCCGUGCUCGGCUGGGAGUCCCUGGGUCAAGGUUUCAAAGGGCGAGGCGGUGCACAGUGACAACAGUGUUGACGUCUACUGGGAAUGGCCUACGGACAACCACGGUUUCGAAUGGCUCGGAUGUCGUGUUGAUGGAUGCAACUAUGGCUUGCGACACCCAGAGGACAACGACUUCAUUCACAAACGGUGGAGAGCGCUUGCUGCUUCUGCAGACGUCUUGGUUUGUGAAUACCCAAGUCCUGCCUCAGUUGCUUUGUGCUGCUGCCACCCAGGGAUGGCCGCACCAGAUGUCUCCGCCUCCUCAGAUCCCGCGCUUUCCUCGGACAAUGUGGGGGUGGCUUCAGGAGUUGCAGGGGUGUUGUUGGAGUCGGGACCGUUGAGUGUGGGUCCCAUAGCUUUGGAAGACGGAGAACCGCAGCUUCCGGUCGCUUCCGAAAGCAUCCCAGCCUCUUUGGAGGAUGCACAGGGUCCUGGCGAGGAGCUGCCGGGCGAUGUACCUUCUCAGCCGGCCGAGCCGGUCCGGGAAGAGCACUUGGCAAAUUAUGAUUUCGAUGAGCAAGAGGAGCUAGAGUAUUAUCGAGAAUACGACGAUGGGUUUAGUGAGGCCUUGCGAAACCUUUCCGCUGAUGCAGAAGCUGAGGCUGCUCUUGACAGGGCCGAUCCUGUCUUUGUACAAGAGCAGGUCAUGAACGAGCUUGUACGGCACCCAGUGCCGCCACGAGGAUUUCAGCUUCCGUGGGAGCGAGCAGCUAAACUGCCCUCGCCGUCCGAGCCAAUCUUUAAGCUGGUUGUGAAGGUUGUUAAGGAUGUGGGAUAUCUUGAACGCCGUGAGGAGUUGCUUCAGGUUGGAAUCCACAAGUUGGCCAUCAACUUAGAGCUAGUGGGUAAUGCCUUUGUUCCCCCGGAACUUCUGCACCAAGGGCAGGUCGAUGCUGAGUCGCUGGAAGCGGCGAUCGGGGUGAGGAGUCCUCUCACACUAAACAAGCGUGUAGGCAACCUUGCGAAUUACUUGAAGUGGUGUAUGGAGUCGUGUGUUGAGAGUGGCUGUUACCUACACGAGGCCACCGUGUGGAAGUACCUCAGCCACCUGAGACAUUCAGGCUCGCCCCCGUCGCGAGGAGCCGACUGUGUAUCCAUGUUUCGGUUCUUACACCAUGUGUUGGGUCUGGACCUUACGCACAUCCUCAAGAGUAGACGUGUCAGCGGAAUCACUGAACAGAUGCGCACCGGCAAGGGUUGGAUUAAGCAAGCAUCGCCCCUCACGGUGAGUGAGAUCCUGUACCUGCACCGGCUGCUGGAGCAGCGGGAGUUGCACAAAUACGACCUUGCGAUGCUGCAACGCAUGUUAUUGGAAGUGGCUGCGAAGCGCUUCGCACCUGAUGCUGCCCGGUCAGAGUAUUUUCCCUUGAGGUCACAAGCUCUCGAGUCGAAUGCACGGACGCUGCAUGAGCAGGAUCAGGCCCUUCGUCCCUCAGGCUCGGACGUGAAGACUGAAGUCGCUGCUGCAGCGGGUCCCAUUGCCGACCUACCUGGUCCAGUCUGUGUAGACUCCGACUCCGAAUCAUCAUCUUCCAGUGAGAGCUCCAGCUCUGCAUCCAGUGAUUCGGGGGAAGCCCCCCCCAGAAUGCCUGCCAAGGUACCAAGGCUGGACGCGGUGUGGCCGCGUCACGAAGUUGCUGUGCAUGUGAAGUCUCGCAUCGCACACAGGAUCGUCUUCACCUCGGAGGGAGGAACAAUGGUCUUCGCUUGCGGGCGCUCAGGGUCCCAAAAUUUUGAGAAGCUCCAAGGCUCACGAGAAGCAACGGCAUUUUGCCAGACAUGUCGGAAAGCCGACAAGUAG